CAACUAUUUACACUGGCGCACAUGUCAAGUGUCCCACGCUCGUGACUCGUCCUAGCUAGACCAUGAACUUUAUUACCCGACUCUGUUACACACAUCCCAGCACUGCCAUGUCUGGUCGGCCGAGCCUGGAUAAUAGUUCGCUUCAUACUCGGUCUGCCUUCAAGUGUUAACCUGCCAACUGUUAAGUGUUAUUUAUGUGGUCUAUUCAGCAUUAUUCCCGUGAACCACUAAGCGUUAUUUCUGUGAACUGUUCAGUGUUAUUCCUGUGAGAUGUUCAGUGUUAUUCCCGUGAACUACUCAGCGUUAUUUCUGUGAACUGUUCAGUGUUAUUCCUGUGAGAUGUUCAGCGUUAAUCCCGUGGAAAGUUGUGAAUUAGUCGCAUGACUUAAACAGCUUCAUUCCCGUGAACUGUUCAACGUUAUACCUGUGAACAGUUCAACUUUAUACCUGUGAACUGUUCAACUUUAUACCUGUGAACUGUUCAAUGUUAUACCUGUGAACUGUUCUACUUUAUACCUGUGAAUUGUUCAACGUUAUAUCUGUGAACUGUUCAACUUUAUACCUGUGAACUGUUCAAUGUUAUACCUGUGAACUGUUCUACUUUAUACCUGUGAAUUGUUCAACUUUAUACCUGUGAACUGAUCAACUUUAUACCUGUGAACUGAUCAACUUUAGUCCUGUGAACUGUUCAGCUUUAUACCUGUGAACUGUUCAACGUUAUACCUGUGAACUGUUCAACUUUAUACCUGUGAACUGUUCCGCGUUAUUCCCCUACACUGUUCUGCAUCAUCCAACCGAUGUUCUGCAUUCUUCGUUGUAAUUACCUGAGAUGCUUCACUGGCCGUUCUAGUCCAUAUUGGCAGUCAGCGUCUGUGUGCCAGCUACUCAUUGGACUUCAUGGAUUUGUAAGGUUUUCUGCCAAACACGUUCAAGGAUUCUCAUCACCUGAACGCCGCCAACAAAUACGUUCAAGGAUUCUCAUCACCUGAACGCCGCCAACAAACACGUUCAAUGAUUCUCAUCACCUGACCGCCGCCAACAAACACGUUCAAGGAUUCUCAUCACCUGAACGCCGCCAACAAACACGUUCAAGGAUUCUCAUCACCUGAACGCCGCCAACAAACACGUUCAAGGAUUCUCAUCACCUGAACGCCGCCAACAAACACGUUCAAGGAUUCUCAUCACCUGAACGCCGCCAACAAACACGUUCAAGGAUUCUCAUCACCUGAACACCGCCACUAAGCACGUUCAAGGAUUCUCAUCACUUGAACACCGCCAACAAACACGUUCAAAGAUUCUCAUCACCUGAACGCCGCCAACAAACACGUUCAAGGAAUCUCAUCACCUGAACGCCGCCAACAAACACGUUCAAGGAUUCUCAUCACCUGAACGCCGCCAACAAACACGUUCAAGGAUUCUCAUCACCUGAACGCCGCCAACAAACACGUUCAAGGAUUCUCAUCACCUGAACACCGCCAACAAACACGUUCAAGGAUUCUAAUCACCUGAACGCCGCCAACAAACACGUUCAAGGAUUCUCAUACCCUGAACACCGCCAACAAACACGUUCAAGGAUUCUCAUGACCUGAACACUGCCAACAAACACGUUCAAGGAUUCUCAUCACCUGAACGCCGCCAACAAACACGUUCAAGGAUUCUCAUCACCUGAACACCGCCACUAAGCACGUUCAAGGAUUCUCAUCACUUGAACACCGCCAACAAACACGUUCAAAGAUUCUCAUCACCUGAACGCCGCCAACAAACACGUUCAAUGAAUCUCAUCAACUGAACGCCGCCAACAAACACGUUCAAGGAUUCUCAUCACCUGAACGCCGCCAACAAACACGUUCAAGGAUUCUCAUCACCUGAACGCCGCCAACAAACACGUUCAAGGAUUCUCAUCACCCGAACACCGCUAACAAACACGUUCAAGGAUACUCAUCACCUGAACACCGCCAACAAACACGUCCAAGUAUUCUCGUCACCUGAACGCCGCUUCUUUCCUGUUACCAUGUGAACGAAACAUGAACAGGUGUUAGUCCUCAAAAUAGGUAUCAUAAAAUAAACCGCCGUUCACAGGAUCCUGGUACAACUAGGAGACGCAACUCAUCACAGCGAAUUCCGGCGCCUUACACGACUGAGUCAUUCGUGCCCUCCUCUUGCUGUCAAAGGUGGAUUGACUUGUUGGUGUUAUAAAAAUACAACUGUUGACUCCUAGAUGAUGCUAGACCACAACACCAUAUUUGUAACCCCAUGCUGUGCCUUGUCACCCGAUUGACAGAUUACAUACAAGUUUGUGUUUGUGUUUGUUUCGCGUGUAUAAGACAACGGAUCGCCGUGGACACGUAACAGAAAACGGUAACAGAAAAGGCCUACUUUUAAGUAAGCUUUGAACAUUUGCAUGACAAUUAAUCCUUUUGAAAAGUAGACACCCUUUGACCUAGGUGCAAAGCAUCAGUAACAUAGUGGAUCUUUUCACCUUUGACAAAUGCAUGCCUUUCAGUAUCUUAUCGUUUUUGAAAAUGUAUACAGCUGCUAUCGCCUUGGCCAACCCGCAACGGCACAGCAUUAUCUGCUAGUUCAGUAGUGGACACUGUGAGUGCUUACGUGUGGAGAGAAGUUAAAGAAGGAUUGUUUCAUAUCGCAUACACCCGUUACUUAUGAUAUGUUUACAAAUAUCAACAACGCUGGCUUUAAGAUACAGCUUUUAACACUGUCCGUACCCCAGUGGUUAGGAUACGUUCAUUAAGAGAAGCGCGAACUGCCUUCCCGUGCAUAGUGAGAUUGACAGUAGACUUAAUUCAACAUGUCACCCAUAGAGCGUUUGCUUCUUCUAACGGUGAUCAGUUCCACGUGUUUAUAUGCACAGUGUGAACACAGAUACAGGCCAUGCUUUGAAAAGAUGUGUUGGUGCCAAGACUUGAUCGCUAACUGUAGCGAUAAUGGAAGGUUACUUAAAAUAAUACCGAACAUAAACACAAAAGACAUCCACAGGUUCUACUUCACCCAUAACUACCUGCCUCGCAUUACCGUAAAAACAUUUGUACCCGUCAAGAAGUUUCAUAUCACAUUACUAGAUUUAAGCGGUAAUGAGAUUCGGUCAAUCGCCCAAAACGGAUUCUCUCCAUUGAAACGAAUGACGACCCUUCACCUCAGUAACAACACAAUCCCUCCAAAGACACUCGAGACUGCCUUGCGGCAACUGCCAGGUCAGUUCAGCUACUUGUAUUUAAACCACAUGAACCUGUAUAACAUCUCAUCGACUCUGUUCAGUGGUCUUAAGUUCACCAUGGUCAUGGGCAUACACUUGUCCUCCAACAGACUGACAGAGGUCAGCAUGGCACCGUUCAAGCAGCUGAAACAUAUCUCCACUAUCACAUUGAAAUUUAAUGAUAUCCGUAGUUUGGAAGUGGUUCCACUGGGUCAACUCGGAGUUCUGUGGUUAACAUCCAAUAAUUUGACAAGCUUCCCAGACUUGUGUCCCCGAAACAAGGCCAUGUUCCCCCAAUUAUGGACCCUUGGUUUGCAGGACAAUAAAAUUACUUCUCUGAAUUCCAGUAAUGUCAACUGUCUCACAGAACUCCGAUAUCUGCAUCUUUCAGGGAACAUUUUUUCUGAUAUUUGGAGUGAAACCUUUUCUACCCUGAGCAACUUACAAAGUUUAGACAUUUCAAGAAAUGCGCGUAAUUUAAGUCUCCAUGGACAUACAUUCCAAAACCCGACACUCAUGUAUUUGAAUCUUUCGUCCUCCGAAUUGUCAUUUGUCGACAAAAAAUCAUUUCACAACUGUACGUCAUUAAAACAUCUUGAUCUCUCCAAUACCACCCAGAAAGAGUCAUACAUGACAUAUCUAAAUUCUUUAGUGCAUGGCUUAACAUUAAAAAGCUUCCGUUGUAAUAUGUGUGGAUUCACAACCAUGCCAACUUUUGUAUCCAUGAUGCCAAGUCUUGUCAGUCUGGAUCUUGGGAAAAAUGAAAUUGAUGAUAUCCCUGAUCAUACAUUUGACAAAAGCAUAAACUUAAGAAAUAUUUCUCUGUACAGGAAUAGGCUUAGAAGCAUUAACAGUAACAGUAUCAGUCGCUCAAUAAGAUAUGACCUGACAUUCGUCAACUUGGCAGAGAACCCUUUUGAUUGUAGUUGUGAAUUACUCUGGCUCAAGUACUGGAUCCUUGAUGACAAAAAGAUUUUCAGUGGCCAGGAGGUGAACUACACAUGUAGCGGUCCGGAUAAAUACAGAGGGAAGAGGAUAGUUGAUACGAGUGAUUUAACUGAUAAGGAAUGUCUCUUUAAACACUCUCCAUUCAUUGCCGUUGUCUGUAUAGUAUGUUCCGUGUUCGGCUCCUUAAUCAUUUUGGCUUUGUUGUACAGAUGGAGAUGGACUAUCCGUUACAACUACAUGAAAAGACAAACAAGAAUGUCUUCCUCUUUAGGCGAACGUACGCCUUUGCUUAACACAGACGCUUACGUUGUGUACUGUGAUGAGGAUUAUGCCUGGGUUAGAUAUGAAGUGAUGCCAAACAUGGAGGAGUACGGCUCCCUCCGGCUCAUUAUCAGGCAACGAGACUUCUUUCAGAAGAACCACGUUGUCAACAGCAUUGUGGACAGUCUCAAUCGGUGUAAGAAAGUCCUUGUGGUUAUAUCCAACAGCUUCUGUAAGAACCGAGGGUGUCGGUUUGAGCUGUCCUUGGUUCAGAAACGUUUCGAGGACCAACCUCACUCUCUGGUUGUGGUCCUCCUCGAGGACAUCGAAGACAGGUACAUGUCCCCGACAAUGUCCUUCUUCCUUCAGAGCACGACUGUGUUCACGUGGUCUGCAGACUUAGUCAACAUAGACGCGUUCUGGGCGAACCUUCUCGCUGGUCUUCGAGAUUGACUCUUCAGAUGUUGCCUAUACCCUGACAGGCAAUGGCUGUUAUCAGAGACUGUUCUCGACCAGUUUCUAAUUUGGUCCAAAAUAAGAGUCUUUAAAACAUCACUGAAGCCACGGUUCAUGAUAUCAAUGUAAAUGUACAUUGUGAUCAAGACUUGUAAAGUGGUGCGGUGGGGUAGCCUAGUGGUUUAAGCGUCGGCUCGUCACGUCGAAGACCCGGGUUCGAUACCCACAUGGGUACAAUGUGUGAAGCCCAUUUUCCGGUGUUCCCCGCAUAUUGCUAAAAGCGGCGUAAACCCAUCAUCACUCAUUCACUUACUUAGUAGUAGUAAAGUAUAAAAAUUGUUUGUUACCCGAAAGAACAUUCAUCCUCAUUGAAUCCCUUCACUUGUUAUCGUAGUUUUAGAUAUUGGUCAUUGUAAAUGUUCUCUUUCGAAUGAGUGAGUGAGUUGGGUUUAACGCCGCUUUUAACAGUAUUCCAGUUAUAUCACGGCGUAUCAGCUUAAUGUGGGAGGAAAGCCCGAAGUGAUGCAGGUCUCAUGGUGCUGACAAACCUAGAAAUCAUAGGUUUCUGGCGUGCCCAAGGGACGCAACUCUGCACAGCGAAUCGCGGCGCCUUAGACGACUGGGCCACCCGUGCCCCCUCUCUUUCGAGUCAAACAGAUUUUUCUGCAUAUAUGCCAUUGUGUCAUUUAUCUUGACCAAUAUAUAUGUCACCAUUUGUAUGAAUAUUAGAGCCGUUAAAAGAACCAAAAGGAAUCACUGCGGUUUGUGUGACCGCUUGCUGGUCUAGUGUAUAGAAAGUCUGCCCGGAGAGCGGUCGGUCGGUGGUUCGAUCCCCAUCCGCGUCUUACCAUAGACGAUAAAAGAUGACACUUCUUGUUACCACCAGCCUGGCGAUGGUCAUGAAGGGGAACAAUAUACUGCAAUCAAUAUACUGCGUCUCGUUCUUUCCUUGUUGAGUUUUUCCUUGUCUGCAUAAUACAUGUUGUUUAUAAGUAUGACAUUUUUGUAGAGUUUGGUUGGAUGUUUGCAUGACAUAUGUUGUUAAAAACUUAAUGUAUUGUUGUAGAUAGGACAUUGUUAUUGAUUUGGUUGGAUGUUUGCAUGAUAUAUGUUGUUAAAAAAUAAAUGUACUGUUCUUAAUAAGACAUCGUAGUUGAGAUUGGUUGGAUUUUUGCAUGACAUAUGUUGUUAAAAACUAAAUGUAUUGUUGUAGAUAGGACAAUGUUGUUGAUUUGGUUGGAUGUUUGUGUAACAAAGGUUGUUUAUAAGUAAAUAUAUUGUUGCAAAUUA